GUUCCGACAUUAAUCACUGGCAAGGUGCACAACAUCCCGCUGCGGAUACCAACCCUUGUCGAUUAUUCAAUGUCCCCCGGGAGUUGUCGCCGCCCUAUCUCUGAUCAUGCUAUUGAUGUAACAACUUUCCCCAUCAUAAUAAGCCAAAAGCUAGCGUUGGCCUUGAUUUUGCUAGGUCCUUGCAGAGAACCUAUCCCAGAGUUGACAUUCUCGGAGCUAUCCUGCUCCUGGCCGCGACCCUUCUGCCGGUGACUGCUCAUGAUGAACCCAACGAGCAAUUCACCUGGCGAUCGGCGCUUCACCAUCACAUUACUCAUUGUCUCGGGUCUCUAUGGGUAGUUUUUCGUCGCUCGGGAGUGACGGGGAGCCGAGAGCAUGUGUUCCCCUGGCGGGUUUUCCGGAAUCGGGUGUGGUUCGCAAUGCUCCUGAAUGCGGUCUUCCUUGGGAGAAUCUGGCUCGUGACCAUGUUUUUUUUUGAACUCCCGCAGCGGUUUGAAUGGGUCAACCAACUCUCCCCCUUUCAUGCUGCCAUCCGGUUCAUUCCCUUCACGGUUGCAGCCCCGGUCGGGUCAAUUCUGGCCUCAACCGUGGCAAAAAUGUUCAAGGUUCCCCUGCUGUAUCUGCUUGGCAUCAGCUCAUUGAAGCAAGUGGUAGCCUACGUUCUCCUGGGAACAGUGUCCGGGCAACAUGACAUCUCAGCCCGUCAGUACGGCUACCAGGUCCUUGCUGGGCUUGCAUGCGGGAUCAACAUACCGCUGUUGACAUUGAUGACGCCGUAUGCUACGGGAAAAAGAGACCAUGGUAACGGUCGCCAUGGGAGGAUUGCCCAGUUUCGAGUGACAGGCGGCUGCAUCGGGCUAGCUAUCAUCAAAACCAUCCACAAUAGCUAUCUUCGCUCGCAUUUGACCCAAUCUCUGGGGGCAGAUGUGACGGAGGCGGUACCAGAAAUCAACUGGAGUCAUCGCGAUCCUGCCCACGGGAAUACAAGAUCUGAUUAGCGGCACUUGUGCUGCUAGCCAUGAGCAUGCGGAAGGGCAGGUCUUGGCCACGAUGGCUAUGUGGCAGCGA